AUGGCAAUUGUCUCAUCAUUCGGGCCCAAGGUUGAUGCUGCCGCCAUCGUUCAGUGUUUUGUCCCUGAAGGGCUGUUUACGGUAUACCUGACCAUGGCUUACCGUCUGGAAACUCAUGGUAUUCUCAGGUGGAACACAGAUGAGCGAUUGGUUAUGGGUCUGGAGGGUCGCGAGUUGGCAGUCUUUUUAACAGUACUCCCAUUUGUUGAGUACGACUACCGACUGGCGUACUUGGUUGCGCAAGAAUGCGAGACUGGUAGUGACGCCCUGCGUCAAACCAAAAUUCAGUUGGUUGCUGUGAUCAACAGUGGAGGGAUCAAUAUUUUUGACUUUGAUGAUGAAAGUCCAGGGGAUGAUACUCCCAGUCCUCUCCAUCAUGCGGUCAACGGCUGUACAGGCUAUAGUAAACCACUCUCCGAUCAGGGAAAUAUGUUGCUUGCACUUGAUCUCUGGAAUCAGCUUGGUCGCUCUACCUGUAGCUUUACUCAGGUGAACAUGUUUUCCAAGACUCCACUCCCAGGGGUUUCGGGACUGAGCGACAGCGCAAAGAUGGCGUUGUGCUUGAAAGCUGACCAAACCUGGGCUGAUAUCUCAUCUGCUCUUGCGACAUGCGGCGUCGAAACUGUCCGGAAAGGAUUCGCAGAAGAGUCUGAGCUCUCGGCUGAUAAGUGCAAUGAGAUCUAA